AUGAAAGGGAAUGGUUGGCAUGACGAGCGAGCCCGCGGCCCGUCGAUCCGAUUUCGCUCUGUGUCUUUGCGGAACAUUUUGCCUGUGGAGAAAUGGUCGUGUUUGAAGCACUUUGGGCUGUCCGGAUUUUACAUCAACCAACACGACCUUGUCUCGAUCUUCGCUGCACUACCUGACACCUUACGAUCCGUGGAGCUAAGUUUCCUCUCUUUUGCUCGCGGCCAGGGCGAUCACCGGGCGCUUCUGAGCGAGAUGCGCAGUGCACUGCCCUGGGGCAAUCGACCCGUCCACGAACGCCCCAUAGUAUCGAUAAGAAUGGAAGACUGGAUAAUAAAAUUGGGAAGAGCCGCUUGGGUUCGCGAAGAGGUUGGUGCGUUUCUUUAUGGAGAUGGACCAAAUCCGUUUGGUAAUGAGGGCGAGAGCUGCCCAGAUUUUAUCCGUGUCGGCUUCGACGUCCAGCGCGACGAGUUUGAUACCUGUUUCGAACGGCCCAAUGUGAUGACGGCUGUGCUCAUUCGAUUGGGUUAUCUCGACGGCAGUCCAUGGGACUAUGAGGAUUGGGACGAGUUGCCCAGUGAGAGCGAUUCUGCAACGGAAUAG